CGGAGCGGCGCUGUCACUCUUUUGCUGCGGCCGGGUCCGGGAGACUCUUUAGGAGCUGCUUUAGGAGCUGCUGCUCCUCUCGGUCCGGGACCGGGGCCAGAGUGGCAAGGCAAUGCGGGGCGAAGAGCCGCUGGGGCGCGCCGGGCUGGCGCUGCUCCUCAUGGCCGCUGGGGCGGGGGCGAGGCCGCGGCCCGCCGCUCCUGGGGACCAGCCGCGGUCCAGCGUGGUGCUGGUGGCCUGCGACUCCUUGGAUGGACGUUUGACAUUUUUUCCAGGAAAUCAGACUGUGGAUUUACCUUCCAUAAAUUUUAUGAAAAGAUAUGGCACUGUCUUUCUCAAUGCCUAUACCAAUUCUCCAAUUUGUUGUCCUUCCCGUGCAGCUAUGUGGAGUGGUCUUUUCACCCAUUUAACAGAAUCUUGGAAUAACUUCAAAGGUCUAGAUCCAGAUUAUAUAACAUGGAUGGAUCUCAUGGAGAAGCAUGGCUACCACACACAGAAGUUUGGGAAAUUGGACUAUACUUCUGGACAUCAUUCAGUUAGUAACCGUGUGGAAGCUUGGACUAGGGAUGUUCACUUCCUGCUCCGGCAAGAAGGGAGACCCAUGGUAAAUCUUACAGGUGAUAGGAAGCGGGUUAGAGUGAUGGAAGCAGAUUGGCGGAAUACUGAUAAAGCAGUAAACUGGAUAAAGGAAGAAGCUGUUAAUCUUACUCAACCAUUUGUUCUUUACUUGGGACUAAAUUUACCACACCCAUACCCAUCACCUUAUGCAGGAGAAAAUUUUGGAUCCUCUACAUUUUUAACAUCUCCCUAUUGGCUUGAAAAGGUAAAUUUUGAAGCUAUUAAAAUACCCAAGUGGUCUUCUCUCUCCGAGAUGCAUCCAGUAGACUAUUACUCAUCGUAUACCAAGAAUUGCACAGGAGAGUUUACCAAGGAAGAAGUGAGAAAUAUUAGAGCAUUUUACUAUGCUAUGUGUGCAGAGACAGAUGCCAUGCUGGGUGAGAUUAUUGCAGCUCUGGGAGAUACGGGGCUUCUUAGAAAAACAAUCGUUAUAUUCACUGCAGACCAUGGAGAACUUGCUAUGGAACAUCGUCAGUUCUAUAAAAUGAGCAUGUAUGAAGGAAGUUCCCAUGUUCCUCUUUUAGUUAUGGGGCCUGGUGUAAAAGAACAUCAGGAAAUACCAAAUGUAGUAUCUCUUGUGGAUAUAUAUCCUACUAUGCUUGAUAUAGCAAGAAUUCCUGUCCCACAGAACCUCAGUGGAUAUUCUCUUAUACCUCUGCUACAUGAAAAGACUGAGAGUGAAGUGUCAUCAAGAGGACCUCGGCCCUCUUGGGUGCUGAGUGAGUUCCAUGGGUGCAAUGUGAAUGCUUCUGUGUAUAUGCUGCGAACUGGCAAAUGGAAAUACAUCACGUACUCAGAUGGCUUUUCAGUACUGCCACAACUAUUUGAUCUUACUGCCGAUCCAGAUGAGCUGACAAAUGUUGCCAUAAAAUUCCCAGUAAUUGUACAUUCCUUGGACAAAAUACUCCGCUCUCUAGUAAACUAUCCAAAGGUUUCUUCUUCUGUUCAGGAGUAUAACAAACGACAGUUUAUUAGUUGGAAACAAAGUUUGGGUCAGAAUUACUCAAGUGUUAUUGCGAACCUUAGGUGGCAUCAAGACUGGUUAAAGGACAAAAAAAAAUACGAGAAUGCAAUUGACAGAUGGCUUGGGCAGUAGACAGAAACAACCUGGAUUUAAUAUGACUGAGGGUAUGAAAACAUUGUGCAUUUGUAAUAUUAUGCUGUAUUUGUAAUAUUAUGCUGUAUAAGAAUUAUUGUCUUUUAUAAGCUGUUGAAAGCAAAGAUUCCCAAACGGUUACUGCUUUGUGUUAGGGAGCCAAGAGCAUUUUAUAUAAUGCCAGCACAACAAAACUAGUGUUUUAUAUGUUAUUGUUCCAUAACACUUAAGUGUACACAGGAAGGAUAAUAUGUGAAUAAUAAUUGUGUGUAUGGAAUAUUUGGCUGAUUAAAAACACACAAAGUAUUAAGCAUUAAAACUCAAUAGGAAUUUCCAUUUAUAAGGACAGAGCAAAGAUUAUAAAAUUUAGUGAAGUAAGCUACCAGUGACAGUGGAAUUUGUCAAAUUCAUUGUAAGUCCUCAUUAAAUACGCAUUCAUCCACUCAAGAGAAGCUAUAGCAGUUAAAAUAUAAUCAAAAAGUUAAUAACGAGUACUGGUCUGAACAUAGAUGUGGGUUAUUCAAGUACUUAACUAUGUCAGCAUUCCUGUAUCAUAAAGAUGACUAGCCUCUCCAUCUUUUCAAGAUCUGCCUGCUAAUCUUUUGCUUUUAGGUCUGGUACUUACCACUCCCUCCUUGUUUAAAAUUUGAUAAUAUUCAUAGGCUCCUAAUUGAACUUGUGGAGGGGAAUCUCUGGUCACAGUUGGAAAAUUAAAAAAAAAAACUAACCCCAAAAAUUCUCUGACCAAACCUGUGAGUAGAGUAGUCCUCUGAAAAGUGAUAGUGUGAUUUGCACAGCAUAAGAUGAAAACUGCUUGACUAAGUCUCUGUUAUGCACUUAGAUUUUGCAAAUAAAUGCUUGUUAGGAUCAAAUUAUUAAAAGAUGCCUCUGCCCAAAUUAAGGUGCAAAAGAGACCAAGUGCCAAAGUCAAUAGUAUGGUUUUAUUUAGCAGUAAAUAUGAGGUAGAGGGAGAGAUGGAAAUAGGAAGAGAGAGAGAGACAGAUAAGUAGAAAGAUAAAUAUAUCACCACCACAUGGAUUCUGAGAGGGUCCUGCUGGUCCUAUUGAUCUUCUCAGUGAUGAGGGUCCCAAUGUCGUGCUUCUUGGGUACCACUUUUAUGCAGUCCAAGUCCUGGAUAUUCACAGGGAGUCUCAGAUGUUCCCACAACUUGGGAUGGCAUGGCUGUAAGCAGUUGUUCUCUUUGUCACAGUUUGCACAGUGGAAUUUUGUCCAGUGUGCUAAUUUCAAACUUUUACUUUUGUUUAGGUCUAUAAUUAAUGCUUUCCUUUCUCACAGUUUUCCAUGGUGGGAAUCUUUGUUCGAGUAAGUUACCCAGAUCUGCUUUACCAGGCCUGGUUCCUGUUGUUGCCAUCUGCUCUUAUGACAAGUUCCUGUAGAUAUUUUACAGAAAUUUCCUUCUUUGACAGUGUUUUGAAACAAUUCAUUGCAUUCUUUAAGUCCUGUCAAUGCUUUAAUGUGCAUCAGUGACUGGAGAACUGAAACCUAAAAUAUACACAGAGGAGACAGAAUUGAAACUUACAGGAAGAGUUAACAUAGAAAUACUAUUUCACAUUUUUCCAGGGAUGUGACGAAAAACCAAAGUAGUUUUGGAAGAAGGUAGGAUUUAGAUAGUAACUCUUCUGCUUAAGGAUAAAUGUAAUUACAGCAGCACUUCAGUUUUCUUAUUCUUGAUCACAGUGCUUGCUGCUAUAGUACCAAUUCAGAAUAACAUCAUACUUUAUACAUAAAUGCUUUUUGAAAUCUGUAAUUAAAUACCUAGCAGUAGCAGUAAGCCAGUAAGAAUAAACAUAAAAAAGGACACAUAUUUUCUGAUGGCUAAGCACUCCACAUGCAUUUCAUAAACAACUUACCACACUGAAAUUAGGUAUAUACUGAUGAGGGCUUAAACUAUUUUCUAUCUUUGUGUCCACAGAACAUUACUGCUAACCUUAUACAACUUGCUGCUAUGGCAGAAUUUUAUUUUUUUAUUUGAUAUUGUAGGGAAGGAGCAAAUUAAUAGUUAAAAAAGCCUUCAAACUCUGUAGCGCAUGCCAUGAUAAAUCUGGUUAAAAUGAGUUCAGGUAGGGAUGAAACUACUUAAAAUAAAUGGGCUGCAUAAUAGAGAAAGUAUUUAUAUCCAUUGGGCUGCAUAAUAGAGAAAGUAUUUAUAUCCAUGUGAAUGUUUGUUCAAGAGGGAAAAUAAUAAAGAAAUUGAUCACUUUCCAGAGAUCUGAACAAAAUGCAGUACAUUGUACAGAAUACAGUAAAAUAAAAUUAUGGCUAACUGGA